UUCUUUAUGUUCCUGAUAUUGAUCAAAAUUUAUUAAGUGUUGGACAACUAAUGGAAAAAGGAUUUAAAGUAUCCUUUGAAGAUAAAUAUUGUUUCAUUUAUGAUGCAACUGGACUUGAGAUUUUAAGGGUUGAAAUGAGAGGUAAAAAUUUCUCAUUUGAUCCAACCGAAGAUGAAGAAUGGAGCCAAAAGAAUCUACUAAGUACAGGUAAUUCUCCAACUGAGGACAUAUGUGAAAAUAAGGUAAGGAAGAAGUUGUCAAUAUUUCAGAAAAUGCAAUUCUGGAAGAAAGUUGACAAGUCUCAAGGCAAGAUGCAAAUGAAGCUGAAAAACGAGCCAACUUAUUUCAUUAACAAUCAUGAGAUGCAGCAAAAUACAGAAGUGAACUCGAUUCACUGCAAGUCCAAAGAUCAGUUGGCAGAUUUACGUACAAAGUCGCUUCCAGUUAAAGGUUUACAAGGGACAAAUUCAGAAGUUGCAGCUUCAAAAGCAAGGAGGAGUGUUAGAAAUAUGCCGUAG